CUAGUUCAAUUUUAUGUUUGGUCUUUAAAGAAAGAAAAUUCUGUUGGUUGAUCAACAUAUUUACAAUUUGGAGACCAUCAUAUUUUAGAACUAACUAGUUUUAUUUGUGAAAAUUCGUUGUGCGUUUUAUUAAAACUAAUUGGUUUUAAACUUAUAAUGUCUGAACUUCAGUCAUCUCUACUGUUAAAAAAACAAUUGGCAGAACUGAACAAAAAUCCAGUGGAAGGAUUCUCCGCUGGUUUGAUUGAUGAAAAUGAUAUAUUUCGCUGGGAAGUCUUAAUAAUUGGACCACCAGAUACACUAUACGAAGGAGGAUUUUUCAAAGCACAUCUCUACUUCCCCAAAGAAUACCCGUUGCGACCGCCCCGAAUGAAGUUUGUCACAGAAAUUUGGCACCCAAAUAUCGAAAAAAAUGGAGAUGUCUGUAUUUCCAUCUUACAUGAGCCCGGAGACGAUAAAUGGGGGUAUGAAAAAGCUUCGGAACGUUGGUUACCCGUGCACACAGUGGAGACUAUCUUGAUAUCUGUAAUAUCAAUGCUAGCUGAUCCCAAUGACGAGUCUCCAGCAAACGUAGAUGCGGCUAAGGAAUGGAGAGAAUCUUAUACCGACUUCAAACGCAAAGUUGCUCGUUGUGUGAGGAAAAGUCAAGAGGAGUGCUCGUGAAGCAAAUUGCCCUAAAUUUGUAUAUUUAUAUUAAACAUUUUAUACAUUAAAAGGAUUAACUGAAUUAUGAA